AUAAACAAAGCCAUUCUUGAAGGUGCAAAGAAGAUUCGCGGCACAUUCUUCAUCAUUGGCCGCUAUAUGUCUCUGUUUCCGCCGUUGAUACCCUAACCACCACAACCAUGGCUCGACCCACAAGGACAAGGACAAGGCCAAGGCCACCAUCCUCCUCCUCCACCAUCACCACGACCCUAACCCUAGAAAACCCAUCUCCAUCGCAACCUCAACAACCCCAACAGCAGCAGCAGCAAACGACGCUGGUGCUGCGGCUGAAUCCCAAGAAGAAGGUGACAUGGAAGGAGGGCACUGUCGACAACGAAUUCCUCCAGAGGAAGAGCUCCAAGAAGUGCUGCAUCUUCCACAAAGAGAAGCCCUUUGACGAGGACGAUAGCGAUGAUGACGACCACCAUCAUCACCAUCAUGAUCAUGGCUGUCGCAAAUCCGACGCCGGAAAUCAAUCUGGUGAGGCUGGCUCCAGUGGGUGCGGUGGUCUUUGAUUUCUUUAUUAAUUUGGUUUUGGUUUUGUUAUAAGUGUAAAAAUCGAAUACUUCUUCUUAUAUUUGUAAACAGAUUGUGUUUUGGAUGUGA